GGUAGAGCUGGAGCCGGAGCCGAGGGAGUCCAGGCUGCCGGGGGCUGCAGAUAUGGAGGGCCGGAGCAGCAGGGGCAGCAGGAGGCCAGGGACCCGGGCUGGCCUGGGUUCCCUGCCUAUGCCCCAGGGUGUUGCCCAAACUGGGGCACCCUCCAAGGUGGACUCAAGUUUUCAGCUCCCAGCAAAGAAGAACGCGGCCCUAGGACCCUCGGAACCAAGGUUGGCUCUGGCACCUGUAGGGCCACGGGCAGCUAUGUCAGCUUCCUCGGAAGGACCGAGGCUGGCUCUGGCAUCUCCCCGACCAAUCCUGGCUCCACUGUGUACCCCUGAAGGGCAGAAAACAGCUUCUGCCCACCGCAGCUCCAGCCUGGCCCCAACAUCUGUGGGCCAGCUGGUAAUGUCUGCCUCAGCUGGACCAAAGCCUCCCCCAGCGACCACAGGCUCAGUUCUGGCUCCGACGUCCCUGGGGCAGCUGGCGAUGCCUGCCUCAGCAGGGCCAAGAUCUCCCCCAGCCACCCUGGGGCCCAAUCUGGCCCUAACUUCCAGAGACCAGAAGCAGGAGCCACCUGCCUCCGUGGGACCCAAGCCAACACUGGCAGCCUCUGGCCUGAGCCUGGCCCUGGCUUCUGAGGAGCAGCCCCCAGAACUCCCCUCCACCCCUUCCCCAGUGCCCAGUCCAGUUCUGUCUCCAUCUCAGGAACAGGCCCUGGCUCCAGCAUCCACGGCAUCAGGCCCAGCCUCUGUGGGACAGACACCAGCUAGAAAGAGGGAUGCCCCAGCCCCUAGACUUCUCCCUGCUUCUGAGGGGCAUCUCCAGCCUCCAGCUCAGACAUCUGGUCCUACAGGCUCCCCACCCUCCAUCCAAACCUCCCCAGACCCUCGGCUCUCCCCCUCCUUCCGAGCCCGGCCUGAGGCCCUCCACAGCAGCCCUGAGGAUCCUGUUUUGCCACGGCCACCCCAGACCUUGCCCUUGGAUGUGGGCCAGGGUCCUUCAGAGCCUGGCACCCACUCCCCUGGACUUCUGUCCCCCACCUUCCGGCCUGGGGCCCCCUCAGGCCAGACUGUGCCCCCACCUCUGCCCAAGCCACCGCGAUCACCCAGCCGUUCCCCAAGCCGCUCCCCCAAUCGCUCUCCCUGUGUUCCCCCAGCCCCUGACAUGGGCCUCCCAAGGCUUGGCACCCAGAGUACAGGGCCUGGCAGGUGCCUGAGCCCCACCCUUCAGGCCCAAGAAGCCCCAGCCCCAGUCACCACCUCCUCUUCUACAUCCACCCUGUCAUCCUCCCCUUGGUCAGCUCAGCCUACCUGCAAGAGCGACCCCGGCUUCCGGAUCACUGUGGUCACAUGGAACGUGGGCACUGCCAUGCCCCCAGACGAUGUCACAUCCCUCCUCCACCUGGGCGGUGGCGACGACAACGACGGCGCAGACAUGAUCGCCAUAGGGUUGCAGGAAGUGAACUCCAUGCUCAACAAGCGACUCAAGGACGCCCUCUUCACGGACCAGUGGAGUGAGCUGUUCAUGGAUGCGCUGGGGCCCUUCAACUUCGUGCUGGUAACGCACCCCUCACGCCCUGGAGGGCCAGAGACCCUGCUGAAUUCCUGGCUCCAGCUGUACCCUGGCUCACUGUGGGGCCCGCUGGGCCUCUGUGGCUGGGUCCGUGACAUGGGUGGGUGGAGGAGCAGACCUGAAGGUGGGCGCGAGGGCGGGGGAGUUGUGUUCUGUCCCCCAGCCGCGUGGCCUCCGCCGCAGGUGAGUUCGGUGAGGAUGCAGGGUGUCAUCCUGCUGCUGUUCGCCAAGUACUACCACCUGCCCUUCCUGCGAGACGUGCAGACCGACUGCACGCGCACUGGCCUGGGCGGCUACUGGGGUAACAAGGGUGGCGUGAGCGUGCGCCUGGCGGCCUUUGGGCACAUGCUCUGCUUCCUGAACUGCCACUUGCCUGCGCAUAUGGACAAGGCGGAGCAGCGCAAGGACAACUUCCAGACCAUCCUCAGCCUCCAGCAGUUCCAAGGGCCGGGCGCACAGGGCAUCUUGGAUCAUGACCUCGUGUUCUGGUUCGGGGACCUGAACUUCCGCAUUGAGAGCUAUGACCUGCACUUUGUCAAGUUUGCCAUCGACAGUGACCAGCUCCAUCAGCUCUGGGAGAAGGACCAGCUCAACAUGGCCAAGAACACCUGGCCCAUUCUGAAGGGCUUUCAGGAGGGGCCCCUCAACUUCGCUCCCACCUUCAAGUUUGAUGUGGGUACCAACAAAUACGAUACCAGUGCCAAGAAACGGAAGCCAGCUUGGACAGACCGUAUCCUAUGGAAGGUGAAGGCUCCUAGUGGGGGUCCCAGCCCCUCAGGACGGAAGAGCCACCGACUCCAGGUGACGCAGCACAGCUACCGCAGCCACAUGGAAUACACAGUCAGCGACCACAAGCCUGUGGCUGCCCAGUUCCUCCUGCAGUUUGCCUUCAGGGACGACAUGCCACUGGUGCGGCUGGAGGUGGCAGAUGAGUGGGUGCGGCCCGAGCAGGCGGUGGUGAGGUACCGCAUGGAAACAGUGUUCGCCCGCAGCUCCUGGGACUGGAUCGGCUUGUACCGGGUGGGUUUCCGCCAUUGCAAGGACUAUGUGGCUUAUGUCUGGGCCAAACAUGAAGAUGUGGACGGGAAUACCUACCAGGUAACAUUCAGUGAGGAAUCACUGCCCAAGGGCCAUGGAGACUUCAUCCUGGGCUACUACAGCCACAACCACAGCAUCCUCAUCGGCGUCACUGAACCCUUCCAGAUCUCGCUGCCUUCCUCGGAGUUGGCCAGCAGCAGCACAGACAGCUCAGGCACCAGCUCAGAGGGAGAGGAUGACAGCACGCUGGAGCUCCUGGCACCCAAGUCCCGCAGCCCCAGUCCUGGCAAGUCCAAGCGACACCGCAGCCGCAGCCCGGGACUGGCCAGGUUCCCUGGUCUUGCCCUACGGCCCUCAUCCCGUGAACGCCGUGGUGCCAGCCGUAGCCCCUCACCCCAGAGCCGCCGCCUGUCCCGGGUGGCUCCUGACAGGAGCAGUAAUGGCAGCAGCCGGGGCAGUAGUGAAGAGGGGCCCUCUGGGUUGCCUGGCCCCUGGGCCUUCCCACCAGCUGUGCCUCGAAGCCUGGGCCUGUUGCCCGCCUUGCGCCUAGAGACUGUAGACCCUGGUGGUGGUGGCUCCUGGGGACCUGAUCGGGAGGCCCUGGCCCCCAACAGCCUGUCUCCCAGUCCCCAGGUCCAUCGGGGGCUGGAGGAAGGGGGCCUGGGGCCCUGAGGGUGGGGUAGGCAGAUGGGCCAAGGUGACCACCAUUCUGCCUCAAUCUUUUGCAAGCCCACCUGCCUCUCUCCUGCUGCUCCUCCAGCUGUAUCUGCACCUGCCUCUCUGUCCUGGCCAGGGAUGGACAACUGGGGUCCCCCAAAACUCAGUCCUGGCACCUCAACUGUGACAAUCAGCAAAGCCCCGCCCAGGCCCCCAUCUGGGAUGAUGGGGGAGCUCUGGCAGAUGUCCCAAUCCUGGAGAUCAUCCGUUAGGAAUUAAAUUCUCCAGCCUCA